UUUCGAGGCGAGCCGCAGCUCGUCUCAAACAAGCCUUUUUUUUCGUUCAUGUUCUUAACUAAUCCGGAUGUGACCUCUCUAGUCAACAUUGCGUCACCACGUAAACGUAGCUACGCUCUAGUGCUACGCGCUGGAGCUGGGUGUGAAGAUGGCGGACGAGGAGGCCGAGCAGGACCAUAGUCCUGAGAAUUGUGUCAGUGAAACGAUUGGGGAACUCAGACAACGGUUGCAAGAACUGCAAGAAGUCGUGGUUAGAGACAGUGGAGAUUCCUCAACCCAAACCUCUUCUGAGUUUUGCCAAGAGUUUUGUACGACGCUGCUGGAGUGUGCAGGCCGCUGGAGGAUACAGGAGGAGCCUUUGGCCUUGGUGGAAGUGUACAUAGUCGCUCUGCACAGUUACGCACAAGCUUCUCCUUACCUCUCAUUGGAGUGUGGAAAUGUUCCUCUUGUGGUUGAGAAGCUCUCACUGAGUCUAUUAGAGCUUUUGCUCUCACUGAAGACAGAUGUUCCUGAUGUCUUAUGGAAAGAAUACAAGUCUUCUGUACAGUUUGCUUCCAGUAAGCUGCAGGAGAAUGGACUCCCCCAGCUGCCCCUGCUCUCUGCUCUGGGCCAGUAUGACGGAGUUUGGACCAACUGGACCCUGCAAGGCCUUCUGUCCAAAGAAAUCCUCCAGACUGAACAAGUUGAGGAGUUCUUGGUGCAGGAGGGGCCGGUGCUGUUGGAGAUGAGGGUGAAGCAGCUGAUUAAGGAUGCUGAGCUGGAGAAGGGUGCCCUGCUGGCACAGGCCUGCUCCGAGUGUCUAGCCUUCCAAGGGAGGGGAACUUUCAAGCAGAUGCACCUCGUCUGCCUCUGUGCUACCUCAGAACAGGAGAAGCUGAUGGAAGAGCUAUCAAAGGAGGAUUGCCGAGAUGCAUUAGAGAUGAUCUGCAACCUGGAGUCCGAUGGAGACGAGAGGGCGGCUCUCAGCCUGUGCUCGGCCUUCCUGACCCGCCAGCUUCUCCAAGGAGACACAGACUGUGCUUGGGAGCUCACUCUGUUUUGGAGCAAGCUGUUGAAGAGAUUGGAGCCGUCGGAGCAGGCCUUCCUCGACCGAUGUCGCCAGAUGUCCUUGCUUUCCAAAAAUGUUUUCCAUAUCCUGUUCCUUAUCAAGGUCAUACAAUCAGAGAUUGACAGCGUUGGACUUCCAGUGUGCAUCGAGAUGUGUAUAAGGGCUCUGCGAAUGGAAUCUGAUGAUGGGAACACCAAGGCCACUGUGUGUAAAACUAUUUCCUGCUUGCUUCCCACUGACCUGGAAGUGAAGCGAGCCUGCCAGCUGACGGAGUUCCUCCUGGAGCCAACAGUGGAUUCAUACUACGCCGUGGAGACUCUUUACAAUGAACCAGAUCAAAAGGUAGAUGAAGAGAAAAGGCCUGUUCCCAACUCUCUACGCUGCGAGCUCCUGCUAGUUUUCAAAACCCAGUGGCCUUUCGACCCGGAGUUCUGGGACUGGAAAACACUUAAGCGCCAUUGUCUAGCACUCAUGGGUGAAGAAGCUUCAAUUGUUUCAUCCAUAGACCUGCUAAAUGAACCCGAGGACCCCGAAGAAGAGGACGAUUUCAGUGAGGGGUUUACGAAUAUCCCGGACCACUUAGGCAGUGGCACCUAUGAACUGAAAGAUGUAAAAGACAAAAAACUAAAAAACAAAGAGAUGAAGAAACUGAGAGAAAAAGGGUUAAUCUCUGCCAGGUUCAGAAACUGGCAGGCGUAUAUGCAGUACUGUGUGCUGUGUGACAAAGAGUUUCUCGGCCACAGGAUCGUACGCCAUGCACAAACUCAUCUUAGCGGUGGAGUAUACAGCUGCCCAAUAUGUGCUCAAACCUUUACCUCAAAAGACACAUUGCUUCCCCACGUAACAUCCCAUGUCAAACAGUCAAGCAAGGAAAGGCUGACGGCCAUGAAAACAACCAAGCAACUGUCUGAUCCUAAAACAGCUGCCCCUGUUAUUGCAGCAUUACAGGCCAAGUCAGAAUACAAACCUCGUAAAAAUGGUGACUCCUCGGGGAAACAUUUGAGGUUGAAUGCUAAUGUCAGAGUGUCUAGGCCUUCCAUAGAGGGUGAUGAAAAUGUGUGCCCUGUUGGAAAAUGUAAACGGAGCUUCAAAUUUUUCAAAAACCUCAUUGCACAUGUUAGAGGUCAUGGGGACAAUGAGGAAGCUAUGAUUUUCCUCGAAAUGCAGAGCAAAAAGGUUGUUUGCCAGUACUGCCGCCGCCACUUUGUUAAUGUCACCCAUCUUAAUGACCAUUUACAAGUCCACUGUGGUGUGAAGCCUUACAUCUGUAUUCAGUUGAACUGCAGGGCAAGUUUUCUGUCCAACACUGAACUCUUUGUACACAGGAAAACACAUUCUGUUUUUAAGGCGCGAUGCAUGUUUCCAGAGUGUGGAAAGAUUUUCAAUGAGGCCUUCAAACUCUAUGACCACGAGGCACAGCAUUAUAAAAUGUUCACGUGUAAAUUUGCAGACUGUGGAAAGGUAUUCCAUUCCCAACAACAGCUGGAUUUGCACCACGGGGCCCAUGCCCCUCACAAAGAGGAAAGUACGUCUCCUGAUCACAUCUCACUGAAUACGCAGCGAGGCCCUUCGCUCAUUGAGCAAAUGCUUUCCAACAGCACUCCCAUUAAACAAGAGAAUUCCCAAGAAAACGGUAACUCGGAGAGCACGGUUGAUUCAAAUAAUGAAAGGCUGCCAGUUGCAAUUGAGAGUUUGAUGAAAUCUUCCGAAGUUCCUGCGCAAACCUUAGGACUAAACACUGUAAAACAAGAGCCCCAAAAUGUGCCAGUUUCAACCACCAGUUACACACAGAGUAUGAAUAAUUCUGUGAUUCAGCCUUUGAAUUCCCAAUUGUCUGAUCCUAAUGGACAUAGCCAUGGUUCAAGUGGCCAUUCUUUUGAUAGUAUGCGACCGCCCCAACAAAAUCAGCCGGUACCUCCAUUUAAAGCUAAUGUAAUCUUGCAAGCCCAGCUACAGCCCCAUGUGUUUCACAGUGCUGUAAAUACUGGUCUAACAGCCUUCAAAACUGGCGGCAACUUAACACUGCAGGUGCAGCAAGAGACAAUGUGUAGUAGCAACCUGUUAGGGCUGGCCAAAAAAUCCAUACAGCCAGCAAUGUCACAACCACUUCCUCCAACACUAGCCCCUCAGCCACUACAUGGGAACAGAUCGGAGAACUCUGUGACUUCCUCAACUAGCACAGGGCCCCCUCCAGGACAGAGAGAGCGCUUUCACUGUGCAUUUGAAACAUGUACAAGGAACUACAGCUCCCCCAAAAGUGUUGCCAAGCACAUGAAAGCGGUUCACUCGGAGUUCUAUGAGAAUUGGAAAAAAAAUCGAACUAAAAUCAAGACAACUUAUGCUGCGGCACCGAGCAAAUCAUCUGUUGGACAUCUCAGUUCAUUUGUGCCAGUUCAGAACCAGCAGGGCGACGGAGUACCAGAUGGUGGGGUUCACAGGCAGAACGUUAUCCGAUCACCUCCUUAUAUUAAUAUGGGUGCACGCUUAAACUGCACUACUUUACACUCCCAUCCCUCAACUGCCCAAUAUCAGAAUGCUUCACUCUUGAUGGAAAACGUUUUAAAUCCUAUUGUUGUCUCUCAGCUAAGAAGUGAUACAAAUCCAAUAACUGCACAGUCCCAGGUUCCAGUUAAUCAAAAUUGGAACUUAGUCCCUGGAACUAAACAAAUUCAAAACUGUGGCCCCUCCCAAGUCUAUCCAUCUAACAAACAUGUGAUCUCACAAGUCAAUUCUACCAGUGCUGCUCUGCCACGUAAUCUCCCAUCCUGCUCUAUAACUGGCUCCACCAUAAACAGACCAGCGCAGUCAAUGCAGUCACAACUAAUGGAAAAUGCGAAACAUUUCUCUGAACAAGCGGAAGACCUUAUUUUGCCACAUGCUUCACAAAUGCAAAGCAUCUCCGGUUCCAGGGCACCAGAACAAACUAAAUCAAUGCAAAACCAUCUGCAGUCUCAAUUUUCCUCUUUAGACAAUGCAAGCCAAAACCACAGUAACAACCAACCUCAAGCUACCGUCAUCUCUGAAAACAAUCCUGCAAAUCAAAAGAGACCCAAAAGAAGCAGCAGGACCAAAUGGCCAGCUAUUAUCAGAGAUGGAAAAUUUGUUUGUUGCAGGUGUUUUAGAGAAUUCAAUAGUCCAAAAUCUCUCGGAGGCCAUUUGUCCAAGCGUACAAUCUGCAAACCAUAUGACGAAUCAGAACUGAACACAGACCUGCCAUCAUCAUUUCUUGACUUUCUCAAUUCAGAGCAAGCGAUUAGGGCUGCUCAGCCACAGUCAUCUUCCAGUCCUGCUGCUGUUUAUCAGGAGAAGCAUGCUCUGUCAGCAGCACAUGUUUCAACAGCUGCAAAAGUCUACCCCGCCCGUAAAUAUUCAAAAAGUAAAUUGACAGAAUCUAAGAAUGGUGCGUCAAAUGAUGACAUUCUUAAGCAGAUCAAGACUGAACCCAAUAUGACGGAUCUUUUUGUGAACACACCUGCUUCCCAGUCAUUGUUUCAAAACUCUUGUGUGUCCUUUUCAGCUGGUGAGCGCUUGCCAGGGAGCUCAGUCAUACAGCACACAGAAAAUGUUGCGCUGAAGCAAGAGGACAACUUGUUUAAUACAGCCCAUUAUCCUCAGCCAAGUGCUGAUGCAUUUGCUGGAAGUGAAUUCCCCGACCAACUUUUCUCUCAAAUUCUCACAGAAAAUGCUGACAUAACCGUUCAGACACCAGAUUUUAACUCGCCGAUGAAAACGUUGUUACCUGAUAGUCAGCUCAGUCCAUCCACAAGCAGCAAGCAGGCUGGGACGCAAAGGAAGACAACUGAUCAAUAUAUUAAAAAGAGACUGCGGGAGCAGAUUUUAGCUGGUGACUUUCAACGUAGAAACACCUUAGGCCAUUCAAGCAACACUGACACGAAUGCCAACUCAAAGAGUCCCAUGACUUUUGUCCCAAUGUGCAAUCCUUCUGAUAAUUAUGGACUUGGUCAAAUGUUUUGCGAUGCAAAGAGUGACCAAGCUAGUCUAGGAGAGAUCAUGCUAGAGAACUGUACAAUCAUCCCAGGAACCGCUGAUGAAAUCAAACAACUACUGAACACGCAGAGCUUUACUGGUUUCAGAGAGUCCUCCACACAGCUGCAGGAGGUACUGAACCCCACAAGCGUCCUUGCAACUUAUGCAGAUCUUGACCCAACACCGUUAUCUGCUAGCCAGUACCAGCAGAUGACAGAAAUUCAGGGUGCAUUAGAAAAGCUCGACUUGGUCAGAGAAAGAUCUAAUCAGGUGUUGGCCCAAAUGAAACAAUAUAGCAAUAGUACAGUCAACACAGGAUCCCCAACGGUCUUUGUCAAGCCUUUUGCUUGUGAGGAUGAGACAUGCUCAUUUGGCUCAAUGUCAGGUGAUGCUCUUUGGAGACACCUCUCCAAAUGUCACAACUACACAAUGGAUAUGGUGAAUGUGGUUAAAAAAAGGUAUGGCCAAUAUGCUCCUUUCCAGUGCCAUACUUGUCCUAAGAGAUUUACUCGUAACUCAAACCUCCGUGCUCACUACCAAUCGGUUCACAAAUUAUCUCUUAAAGAAAUCACAGAUCUAGAUAUGUUGCGCAGAGAGGCCACUGUUCAGCAACGUGUUUCUCCAGCAGCUCAAACCACAAUGCCUACUCAUCCAGCAACUCCAACCACAAUGCCUACUCAUUCAUCAAGGAAGAAAAAACCACCGCUCUAUUCACUUAAAGAUUCUGUGAAACUCAAUACCCCAUUAAAGGCAUUUGUAUCACUAACUAACAUUAACGUAACUAAUCUUACAUUUGCAGAUGACAACCGGUCCACAGUCAUUCAACCCUUGCUAACUGCUCCCAUGCACAAUCAAGCAACGACUCUACCAGCGCAGGCUCAUACAUCUACGUCAGCAUUUCAGUCAGUACCAGAGCAGGCUCAUACAUCUACGUCAGCAUUUCAGUCAGUACCAGCGCAGGCUCAUACAUCUACGUCAGCAUUUCAGUCGGUACCAGCGCAGGCUCAUACAUCUACGUCAGCAUUUCAGUCGGUACCAGCGCAGGCUCAUACAUCUACGUCAGCAUUUCAGUCAGUACCAGCGCAGGCUCAUACAUCUACGUCAGCAUUUCAGUCAGUACCAGCAGGGAUGGCAGCACCACAGUUGUCAAAUGAUCCGCAAAGAAACUUGCCCAAGAUGCCCACUCAACGCUCACGUGGUCAACAAGGUAAAGCCCGUUUGCCCAAAGUAUCAACUCUUCUCACUCAGGCUUUAUCUGCCACGCCACAAGCUAAUGGGCCUCCAUCUGUCGACAAACUAUCUGCAGUCAACAGGCCGCCAACAGUCAAGACAACUAUAUACAGAACCAAGAAGACAAAAAAGAAAAAGCCCAAAUCCGCUGAUGCCAUGAGUCCGUACAGACCAUAUUGCUGCGUUCAUCAAGGUUGUGUGGCAGCCUUCACCAUCCAGCACAAUCUGAUCCUCCACUACAGGGCUGUUCACCAGUCUGCUUUGUCAUUAUUGGAGGUGAAUAAAGAGCAGGACCAGAGUGACCAACUGGAGGAUUUCAUGGAUUUUGAUGAUGAGAAGGAGGAGGAGGAGGAGGAGGAGGAGGAGGAGGAGCAGGAGCAGCCAGAGGCCGAGAUCCCACACAUUUCUGAAUUCAGAUGUCAAGUUAAAGACUGCUCCAGAGUUUUCCAAGAAGUUCCCCACCUUUUGCAGCAUUAUCUUCAGCUGCAUGAGUUCAGUCUCGACAAGGUUGGCAAUAUCUUGUCAAGCAUCAAGCUCGGCAAGUUUACUUGUAGCCACCAAGAAUGCACAGCAACAUUCACUGCUUUCUGGAAGUAUAUCGGACACGUCAAAGAACAGCAUAAAGAUAUGAAGUUGGCCAAACCUGAUCUUAAUGCCUCUUUCAAAUGUGAAGUUGAAGGCUGUGACCGUUCAUAUGCCACAAAGUCAAACCUGCUCAGACAUGUCAUGAAAAAGCAUAAUGACCUGUACCUGGAUCAACUCAAGGAUCAACAGAUAAAAGAAGACCAGAUGAAACAGAACUCUAAGACUCCAAGACUGCAUUACGAAAUGACCAAGACCAGUAAUGGGAAGGAAAACAUUGAGAGCAAUAAAAAGAUCCUCCAGAGGGGAAGUGAGACAAAGCGGGACAAGGCCAAAAGAAAUCACUGGACUAAAUAUGGAAACCCCUCCUUGAAAUCUAAAGUGGAAGCAUCUUCAAUGUGCACUAAUAGAUUUCCCCUACAAUACCCCUGUAUGAUUAAAGGUUGUGAUUCAGUCACGAGAUCAGAACGUAGCAUAUUAAAACAUUACAUGGGACACGGACUGUCAGAAAAGUAUCUGGAACAGCAAAGGAGUCACUUCAUAUUCUGCAAAAAGUUUCCCAGGCAGAAGUGCCACUCGAUCAGGAGUGAUGAUUCCAAAUCAGACAACACCUCUGACCUGUCGGACAUAGAGGGGACCUCAGACACCGGCCUGGGCGGAGGGGAAUAUGGAAGUUCAAAGCCUGUCCUACGCAAAAGGACCAUUGCAGACUCCCCUGUUACAUUGUUCAACACCAAAUUAUCAACUGAGGAAAGUUCUGAUGGCUCUGUGAUGCUCAAACGCAAACGAGGUCGCCCGCGUAAACUAGAAGGCAAAGCAGUGAAACGCAAGAAAAUUCCCCGCACAACCAAGACGGAGGUACUUUACAGCAGGGACGAUGAAUCAGACUCCUCUUGCCCCGCAGUAAUGCAGGACGAGAACGCUCCGCUGGCCUCUUUCAAACCGAUGGGCUUUGAAAUGUCUUUCCUAAAAUUCCUGGAACAGUCCAAAAAAAGUUCAGAGACAUGCAGAAAUACCUCCAGCACCUCUGUCAGGUUUAGAAAUCGGCAGUUUUUGAAAUCACUUAGUAAGGUCAAAAUAGUACUAGAUGGGGCCUUUUUAGGGGUCUCUGACCUUAUGUUGAAACAGCUGCAGGACAUGCGGCCCACAGUGGUAUUGUGAAAAAAUAGCUUACUUGUUUUGUUGUGGGUUUUGUAAAGCAGAAUCUCAGGACUAGAAUGAGUCAAAUCUGCUGCCCGACAUACUAGAUCUUUUUUACAAAUCCAAUAAAAAUAAGUUGUUUUUUAAUGAUAAUGUAUUAUCUGUAAAAUGUCUCUUUUUUUUUUUUUAAUGGAAAAGUAUAUAGCAUGUUUUUAUUUAUGGACUAGUAUGUGAAAAAGUUACCUGAAAUUCAAAUGAGAUCGACUUUUUGCUGUCUUAUUGAUCCCUGUGGGACUUCAGAAAAACAGACUCUGGACUGGAUUGUAUUGUUGUGUAGUUUGUGAUUUGGAGAUGUUGAUUGUGCGUUGGUUAUAUAGUCUGAGAUCACCCACUGCCACCAGCAGUCUUGUUAUUAAAUGAACAGUUUUAUACAACCAGUUUGAUUUGUUUGUUUUUUAAUCAUUUGCCAUUUUGUUUGAUACACUGCAGCUUUAGGGAUUCAUUUUGGAUAAUAAAUAACAAAUGGUUAUAUGGUAUCUCUACAAAAAAUGUUUUAGAUACUCAUCAGUAUUUUUAAAGUUAUUUGUGUUAGAAGUCGUUUGGAUAUUUGUUUUGCUUAGCUUGGCAAAGGGAUUGUGAACAAAACGACACGCCUCCCUACGUUGAAAUUCCAUGUAUCAACAUUGUCUAAAAUACUACACUAAAAAAUCUAAAAUAG